AUGGACCUGCGUGCCGCAAUCCAGCGAUCCUUCGACGACCGUUACACACGCCACGCGCGCAACUCGCUCGACGAAUUGCCUGACAGCUUCACCAUCACCGACCCCCACAUCCCGGGUCACCCUAUAGUCUUUGCAAGCCCGGGCUUCCUCAAGCUCACGGGCUACGCACGCAGCGAGGUUCUGGGCCAGACGGCCGCCGUCUUUCAGGGCCCUUGCACUUCCCGGAGGUCUGUCAUGGAAAUCCGCGAGGCCGUUCGUGAGGAGCGAAACACGCAGGUUGUUUUGCUUAACUACCGCAGGGACGGCACGCCGUUUUGGAUGCUCUUCGGUGUUUGUCCUGUGUUCGGCGACGGCGGCGCGGUCGUCCACUUCGUAGCCGUUCAGGUACCGCUUCACAAAAAGGAGCGCUCCGGCGUCCGGGAUUUUGGCUUCGGGUGCUGUCGGAAGGAAGUGUGCUCUGAUUCGUUAUCGGAACUUGGUCGCGUGUGUUCCUUGGAGCAAGUGCUGGAACGUGAUGUCAUUGAAUUGGAUAGGGAAGAGCCGAGUGAGGCGAGUGAUGAGGAGAAGCGAAGUGCUGCUACUGCCAUGGACAAUAUCUUCUCUGUGCUAACACAUUAUAGUGAGGCGACGGGCAGAUUAGUGUGUCGGAAGAGGUGCAGCAUUCCUGACGUGGGUCUUUUAAGCACAUCCUUGAUUAUUUCUCUUGGUAGAAUCAAACAAAGCUUUGUAUUAACUAAUCCGCAUUUACCGGACAUGCCUAUUGUUUAUGUUAGUGAUGCCUUCUUGAAACUGACAGGUUAUGCAAGAAAUGAAGUUUUGGGUCGCAACUGUAGGAUUUUAGGUGGAACAGAUACUGAUACCUCUACUUUAUAUCUGAUAAAGGAAAGCAUUAAAGCUGAAAAACCAUGCACAGUACGUAUUUUGAAUUACAGGAAGGACAAAAGUUCAUUUUGGAAUUUUCUUCACAUCUCACCCGUUCUUGAUGCUUCUGGCAAGGUUGCAUACUUUGUGGGAGUUCAAGUAGAAGACAGCAAUAAAAAUGACGAUAGCCACCAGUGUUUGAGUCCAGAGAAGAGGCAGUUUAGUGUGGUUGGAGCAGUCAAGGUUGCAGUGAGGAGUUUAUCAAUGACUGCAGGAUCUUCGAAGUCGUAG